CGCCUCACUUCCCUGUUACCCCGCAAGGCAAGGCGAGAUGCGUUGAGUGACGAUCGACGCCUCGCACAACUUCCCAAUGAGCCUUGUCCACUAUGCCCAGAUCUCUAUUGCCGGCGGCUACGAGCUAGCUGGACCCUUGAAAUAUGGGGCCUUCGAAGACAUGUUGUCACUUUCUCCUCAACAGCCAAUCGUCACCACAUCGCACAGUCUAAUCCUUGAACAAGAGCAGGUCCUCUUGAAGCCCAAUUCCGUCCACCGUAGAAUUCCGACCUUCUUCGCUCCCUUGACAGUCUAGCGCCGGUCGCCAAACGCAGUGAGAGUAUCACCGAAGUUGUUCACCGCCAUUCUCUGAGCCAUCUUACUACCCUUGACGCACCAUCUCCCUCCCUCGUCUCGCAGUCAUGCAACUCCCCCUUCUCGCCACCCUCGUCGCCACGCUGGCCUCACUGGGCUCGUCUGCUCCUCUCAACGAGCGUACGGACCUGCAAGUGCUCGGUGAACGCAUCGUCUACAAUCCGCACAUCACCAGCCCGACCAAGUCUUCCGUCUGGAAGGUUGGCAGCAAGCAGACGGUCACUUGGUCGACCAAGGGGAUCCCGGCUUCGCUGAAGAAUGCUACUUCGACUCUGUACUUGGGGUACAAGGAUGCGGGCAGCCCCAAUGAGCACCUCGACGUGACACUGGCGGAUGGCUUCCCGCUCAUGGCACACAAGAUCGACUUUACGGUUCCUAAGGGCUUGAAAGAGAGGAAGAAUUAUAUCGUCGUGCUGCUCGGCGACAGUGGAAAUGCUUCGCCCAAGUUUACGAUCAAGAAGUGAGGUGGCAAAACCAGCACGAGGAGGAGUGGCCGAUGCCUCAGAAACCCACUGGGCAGGGCGAUGCAUGAGCAUCGGAUCUUGUUG